AUGUUUCUUUUAAGUUGCGACUCAUACGCUGAUAUUAAUCAUACCCUGACUGACACCCAGCUUGCUGAAUUUGAAGCGGUUGAUCCAUUUAUCGAACAAUUCAAUGCUAAUCUCGACAAACAGAUUGCUAGCUUUGAGCCAAUGCUACACAAGGAAAAUUUUCAGACUUUGUUGCUAACUGUAUGCAGUGAAGUAGAGCGUCAAAUGGAGCGUGUGAUUAUGAAAUGCUCGUUCAAUAGGUUAGGAGGCCUGCAGCUCGAUAGGGAAUUCCGCCAGCUGAGUUCGUACCUCAGUGGAGUUGCUGGUUGGACGGCUAGGGAAAGAUGUGCUCGUUUAGCCCAAAUUGUGGCACUGCUCAAUGUGGAAAACGUUGAAGAGGCGGUUGAGUUGAGAGAAGCCACAAGAACAUCUUCGAUAGCUCGCAUGCUAUCGACUUCUGAUGCAGUCAAAGUGCUUUUACUCAGGGUUGACUUGCCUGCAGCUCUAGUUCAAAAGCUGGAUUUGUGA